AUGGGUUCUAAAAUUGCUGCUAUCAAUGAGAUCGACGUUGGUCGCAUCACUUCCGGACAAGUUAUAGUAGAUUUGACGUCAGCAGUGAAGGAACUACUGGAUAACAGCAUAGACGCUGGAGCUGACCAAUUUGAAUGUGUCUUCAAAAACUAUGGUUUAGAGUCUUUGGAAUGCAGUGAUAACGGCAGCGGUAUCCCGGUAGAUAGCUACCAGGGACUUGCAUUGAAGCAUCACACGUCGAAGAUUUCAAAUUUCGAAGAUGUAUCUCAGGUCACGACCUUGGGCUUUCGUGGCGAAGCUCUUUCGUCACUAGCGGCAAUUUCAAACCUGGUAGUAACAACAACGGCUAAUCCACCCAAGGCAGCACGUUUGGAGUUCAAUGCCAAAGGUGAAUUGACGAAAAAUACCGUAACUUCACGCAAUAAAGGCACGACCGUGCAUAUUUCCCAGUUGUUUAAUAAUCUCCCAGUGCGUAAAAAGGAUUUUACCCACAAUUGUAAACGACAAUUUAACAAAUGUAUCGCUUUGCUACAACAGUAUACGAUAAUUCAAGACAAGAUGAAGAUUUCCAUCUGGCAUAUUACCAGCAAUGGACGUCGCACUCUUGUGCUGUCAUCUACAAAAGACCAGGGUAUUCCCAGACGAAUUGUCGGCGUUUUCGGGUCAAGCGCCAUGCAGGGUAUUUCUGAGAUUAAUUUAGACCUUUUGGUGAACACUACCAAAUCAUGGGCUUCGCAGGCUUUUGGGCGUGAACUCAAUGGACCGUCGGAAUAUACUGUAAAAGUCUCUGGUUAUAUAUCCAGAAGCUCUUUUGGUUGUGGCAGGAACGCAAAAGAUCGUCAGUUUUUAUACGUCAACCAGCGACCCGUGGUGUAUCCAGCACUGCUCAAAUGCUGCAACGAGGUUUACCGUACCAACAAUAAUGUUCAAUUCCCCGCACUUUUUUUGAACUUUUCGGUUGCUCCCGGAUUCAUUGACGUAAAUAUAACGCCGGAUAAGAGAACUGUGAUAUUGCACAGCGAAAACGCCGUGAUUGACUCCUUAAGGGAUGGUUUAGCGGAGUACUUCGCGGACCAGGAAUUGGUGCUGCCCGUUUCUUCGAAAAACAAGGUCGAGAAGAGCGAAGAAGAACCAACACUCAAGAGACAAAAGCCUGGAAUCGUCAGCCAGGAGCUGCAUUCCGAAUUUCAAAAUGAUAUUCGAGACCCUGAAACUUAUGCGUCUCGAAUGGAAGAGACUGAGGCUAUCGAGAAAGGCUCGCCAUCUUCAAGUCUGUCAGAACAGGGCGGCGAUACGUCAGCGCAACAGCGUGACAUUUUUGUGGUGGACUCAUCACAUUCCAGUGAUGAAGAAGAGCUCAACACGACAGAGUUUUCAACUAAUACUAAUGUUUUUGAUGACGCUAAUCAAAGUAGAAGUGCAAAAGUUGGGGCCCAAAAAACAUUGGAUGCAUUUACAAAUCCUGCUAAGGAAGCUGAUGCAGGUUCGCUUACAAGAAUCCCAAAUGCCGCCGAGGAAACGUUGACGAUGCAGAUUGGCGAUGAUCAUUUUGAAGAAAGAGCAGUGAUAACCAGAGACAAUCAUCUGAUAGUCUCCGAUCACAGCGGUUCAAAUCUAGAGAAAGACUCCGUUCACUCUGGAUAUUCACACAUCAAUCAUUCCCACAGUUCAUCAUGCACAUGUUCGUCUGGGAAUGAGGAUGAGGAGCAGGACGAUGAUCUAGAAAUCAUCUCGCCUCAAGAACAAAUCGGCGAAGUAUCGCUACGCAAUUCUCCGCCAUCAGCUGCUCCCGCGACCGUAAACUUAGAGGUGUCGAAAUCAGAAGACCUGCAGCAAAUUGAUGCACCGAAAAUUUCAACACCUAAUCACAACAGUAGCUCACCAAGGGGUUAUGUCCACACAGCAGACACUGAAAUCCUAUCUGUGGUAUGUUCGGUGCAUGCCUCCAAGAUAGUCAAUGAGUUUGUGGAGCAGUCUCAUAUUCUACACCAGCCAAAGGCGGAAAGACAUCAAAAUUCAAUUCAGAGGAAUGAACAAAUAGAGAAUUUUGCAGAAGGAGAAAAAUACCUGACACUUUCAGUCGCUAAAAAGGACUUCAAGAAUAUGAACAUAGUGGGCCAGUUUAAUCUGGGUUUUAUCCUAGUAACGCGCAGAAUUGGUCAGAAAUUUGAUUUAUUCAUCAUCGACCAGCACGCUAGUGAUGAGAAAUUUAACUUCGAAAUGCUACAGCAGACAACAGUUUUGAAGUCACAACGUCUUAUUGCCCCUCAGGUAGUAGAAAUGAGUAUCAUUGAUGAACUUAUAGCUACGGAAAACUUGGAAGUCUUUGAGAAAAACGGGUUCAAAUUAGAAAUAGAAGAGGACAAACCACAGGGCAGUCGAAUCCGGUUGGUUAGCCUCCCGGUAUCGAAAAAGACGGUCUUUGAUAUAAAUGAUCUACAUGAGCUGAUUCAUUUGGUGAGAGAGUCUGAUGGGUUGAACAAGGACAGAGUACGCUGCUCGAAAGUGAGGAGUAUGCUGGCAAUGCGGGCGUGCCGUAGCAGCAUCAUGGUAGGCAAGGCUCUUUCCAAAAAAAUGAUGGUGCGUGUUGUACGGAAUUUGAGCGAGCUGGACAAACCUUGGAAUUGUCCUCAUGGUAGACCCACAAUGCGGCAUUUGAUGGAACUGAGGGAUUGGAAUGCGUUUGAAGACGACUAUGCAUUGUGA